CAAAGUCCGAUGGUAUCGAUGUCACCAAGUACUCACACCUCCCGCAGCCAGGACCGGCAGACCCAUUGAGAGGGCACUGGCCAUGGCUGGAGAAUAUCGCCGUGGAAGGCGAUGUGCGGCGCGCUUUUGGUACGAUCCAUGUAAGAAGUACUUCCGCGACCAGUCACUAAAGAGUUCUAGACGAAAUGUUGUAUGAGCAGUGUAUAAAAAUGGACUUUCCGCCGGUUCUUCUUGUUGACAUGCGGCCUGUGGAGAAGUCCCUGCUUCUCUUUAUUUUCGAUAACGACGUCGCGGAGCAGGUCACCAAAGCGUCCAAGCAGUAUUCGACCAGCAUGCCCAAACACCCUGGUAUUCAGGACCUGGCUCCUCUGGUUGGCGCUCGGUCUCUCGUGACUACGGAUGUAAGUCCAGUUCUUGCUAGGUCGCCCUUCUCAUUGUCCAGGCAAAGCGUGCCCCCAUCACCUCUUCCAGAGCUAUCCUUAUAACAACCUCUCCAGGGAGACGAAUGGAAAGCUUUGCGUAAGAGGAUCCUGCCUGGAAUGGCUCCAGGGCAUCUCCUUAAUCUCGUAGACGCCAUCCUCGACAAGACGGAGACAUUCAUCAACCUCAUAGAAGAAAAAGCCAAGAC